GAUUGGAAGCCUUUUAAAAUGUCGAAUGACCUUUCCAAUCAGUUGAAGGAAACCUGUAGUGUUACUGGCACUGUUUGUGUUUAUUUCCGUUGUCACUUUGAUUCUAUUCCUGGACAAGAAGUACUGAUUGCCGGGUCUUGCAAGGCUUUGGGAGGUUGGGAUCCCACAGAAGCCUUGGCAAUGAAAUAUUCCGAAAGAGGUCAGUGGACAGCACAAGUCACAAUUCCUCUUCAGAGCCUUGUUCACUCUAGUCAACAACUCCACACUCCAGUAUUACUUUACUAUCGAUAUUUGGUUGCAGAGGACAAAGGAAAGACUCGAUAUUGGGAACAAGGUCGAUCACGUCAGCUGGAAUUGUGUUGCAGUGACUUUAGGGCAGCUCUCCCUGCAGUUAUUGUAUAUGACGAUUUUGCAAGAACACUCGAUCAAGAAGGAGACAUAUUUAGUACAGUGGCUUUUCGAGAUAUAGUCUUCCGUCGCAAUGUCAAACAAUCAGAGCCAAGUUACUAUGAAAAGUACAAAGAAGCAUAUGAAAAUGCAAAAGGCCGUCACGAGAAAACGAAAAGCUAUGUACUACAAAUACAAGUGCCUGCUUAUCAAGUGUAUCAAAAGCAGCAAAUAUUACUUUGUGGAACGAGUGAAGCACUGAAAUCUCAAUAUGAUACUCCAGAUGGUUUGACUAUGUCAGAUACUUUUGUUCCUCUUUGGUCUGCCUUUAUUUCAUUACCUUUGAGUACAUCACAAUUUGCCUAUACCUUUCAAAUAGGUGGAGGAGAUGAAGUAAUAAAGGAGAAUAGAGAAAUGCGCAUCUUUUGGCUUUCUUUGAUGGAUGAACAAAUCAUUCGACAAUCAACGGAGCCUCCAUUGGUUGUGUGCCAUUCAUAUCCUCCUUUUUGUCAUAAUCAGAAUUGGAGAGGCUCUGGAAUCGCCAUUCCUGUUUUUUCUUUAAGAACCCAGGCUUCUUGUGGAGUUGGAGAAUUCUCAGACUUGAAAUUUUUGGUAGAUUUUUGUGUGAAAACCAAUUUUCAAUUGGUGCAGUUGUUACCCGUAAACGAUACUCGAGUUCAUAACACAUGGGUUGACUCUUAUCCUUAUUCUAGCGUGAGCAUUUGUGCUUUACAUCCGCAAUACCUGAGAUUGGAUAGAAUAUGUGAAGCUCCUAGUUAUUUGAAAGCAGAAUUGGAAAAGGAACGGAGGCGGCUGAAUGAGUUACCAUCAGUGGACUAUGAGGAAGUGGUCAGAUUUAAGGAAUAUUACAUUUUGGAAGCUUACAAGUUGAGUGGCAAAGAAGUAUUGCAGUCCAAAGAGUUUUUAGAGUUCUUUGAAGAAAAUAAGGCGUGGCUGAUGCCCUAUGCAGUGUAUCGUUAUUUGCUGAAUACGACUGGAACAGGUGAUCAUACCAAGUGGGGUAAUCGAAGUCAUAUUACGAUGGAGGAAUUGGAAGCAUUGGCAUCCCCAACUAGUCUUCAUUUUGAUCAUAUCGGAGUAACUUACUUUACGCAGUUUCAUCUACAUUUGCAAUUGUUGGAAGCUUCCCAAUAUGCUGCAGAACAUGGAGUUAUUUUGAAGGGAGAUCUUCCUAUUGGAGUUAAUAGAAAUUGCUUGGAUACUUGGUUAUAUCCUCAUCUAUUUCGAUUGCAUAUGCAGUGUGGUGCGCCUCCUGAUUAUUUUGCCGAAUUUGGUCAGAAUUGGGGAUUUCCUACUUACGAUUGGGAUCAAAUGGCAUCGAAUAAUUUUGAAUGGUGGCGGUUUCGAUUGAAUCAAAUGGCCCAAUAUUUUCAUGCUUAUCGAAUCGAUCACAUUUUAGGAUUUUUUCGCAUUUGGGAAAUUCCUAUUCGUUAUGUAAAUGGAAUAUGUGGGAGAUUUUUUCCAUCUAUUCCCAUUUCGAGGAGUGAGUUGGAAUCUAGAGGAUUAUGGGACAUGGAUCGUUAUUGCAAACCGUGGAUAAGAGAAUCUUUUAUAAGGGAACAGUUUGGAGAUGAUGCAGGUCAAGUGAUGAACAUAUUCUUUGAUCAUGGUCAUGGUGAUUUGUUAAACUUUAAAGAAUGUUAUGAUACAGAGUAUAAAUUAUCCCGUGCGUUUGAACAACAACACCAUUUCAAACAGGAAUGGCUCGUUCUCUUAUUAAGGCUCAUCAGCAAUGUCAUUUUGUUACGAGAUGAAGAUGAACCUAAUCAAUUAUUCCAUCCUAGAAUCGACUUGAUGAAAACUACAAGUUACAAUGAACUUAUGGAUGAUAACUGGAAACAUCAGUUUUAUGAACUCUAUGAGGAUUAUUUCUUUCAUCGACAGGAUGAUUUAUGGAGAAAGAAAAGUAUGUUGAAGCUGCCAAUGAUGAAAAAUUCUACGGGUAUGUUGGUUAUCGGAGAGGACUUGGGAAUGAUUCCUGCUUGCGUUCCUGAUGUAAUGAAUGCAUUAUCCAUCAUUGGGAUGCGAAUUCAACGAAUGCCAGCUGAUCCCAAGGUUGAAUUUGGUAAUCCACAAUACUAUGAAUAUUUGACGAUAGCUACUCCAGGUUCGCAUGAUAUGGCCACAAUACGAGGCUGGUGGGAAGAGAUGGAAAAUGAUCAAAGACAACGUUUUUAUGAGCAAAUGUUGGCUCGUUCUGGAGAUGCUCCCAGAAAGUGUGAAGCUGAUAUAGUGCAACAAAUACUGGAACAACAUGUGUCGUCUCCUUCUAUAUGGGCCAUAUUUUUGUUUCAAGAUAUUUUGGGAAUGGAUGAAAAGCUUCGUCGAGAUAAUCCAGCAGAAGAACAAAUCAAUGUACCAGCCAAUCCUAAACAUUAUUGGAGGUAUCGACUGCAUGUUUCGUUAGAAACAAUUUUAUCAUCCACCGACUUUCUUCAAAAGUGUCAGAAACUUAAUGAAAUCGGUGCUCGAGGUAUUCUGUAGUCUGGUAUAUCAGAUAUUCUCUUUGGUAGCCGUUGUGUGUUGUAAAAUGUUAUUUCCAUAAUAUAUAUUUGCAUUUCUUU